UCAGAGGUCUCAGAGACUGCAGAGGCUGAUCAUUUAGCCUCAGUCAGUGUGUGCGUGUGUGUGGACUGUGCUGGCCGUUUUGUGCUUUCUCGAGUGGAUUUUUUUCUGGUUCCAUGAAGACUCCAGUUCUUCUGUGCGUCCUGCUCUUUUCUCAGAGCUGGGCUUUCGAGUUUAUCAUCGAUGGGGAGUGGGAAAGUGAAACAUCAGGUCCUUUGGAUCAGAACCACCAAUCUGGGAGAUACAGGAGGAACGUUUUGACCAGUGGAGAAGAAGAGGAUUUUGAGGCAAUUCAAGGCAAUGACAUCACAGUUAAGAGCUAUAAGGUGGAGAGCAGAAUCACGUUGCGGUUCGCUCACACCACAGUCAAGAGCUCUGUGGUCAACUCAGGCCCCAACGCCCAGAGCAUCGGCUUCAACGUGCAGAUCCCCAAACGGGCCUUCAUUAACAACUUCACCAUGAAUGUCAAUGGGAUCACAUUCGUCGGCUCAGUGAAGGAGAAGACAGUGGCAAGGAAACUUUACGCUCAAGCAAGAGCUCGUGGGAAAGCAGCCGGCAUUGUCAGGUAUGGCUUUUAUAUCCAUCCAUCCACCCAUCCAUCCGUCCAUCCAUCCAUCCAUCCAUUCAUCCGUCCAACAGUGGAGGCGAUGAAGGCUAUUCUGGACGAUCUGUCGAUGGAUGACUAUUUCAGCAUCAUAGAUUUCAAUCACAAUGUCCGUUGCUGGAGUGAAGACCUGGUCCAAGCUUCCUCCCUCCAGGUGGAUGAAGCUAAAAAGUACGUCCAAAGCAUCAAGCCCAAUGGAGGCACCAACAUCAAUGAGGCUUUACUGAGAGCAGUGCAGAUGCUGGUUAGAGCAUCCAAUCAGGGACUGAUCGACCCUCGUUCUGUGUCUAUGAUCAUUCUGGUGUCUGAUGGAGACCCAACAGUGGGAGAAAUAAAGCUGAACACUAUUCAGAAGAACGUGAAGCGUGUGAUGAGGGAGGAGUUUUCUCUAUUCUCUCUCGGUAUUGGCUUUGACGUAGACUUCGAUUUCCUGGAGAGAAUGGCCAUGGACAACAGAGGCGUCGCCCAGAGGAUUUAUGCCAAUCAUGAUGCCGCAGAACAGUUAAAGACGUUCUACAGUCAGGUCUCCUCUCCUCUCCUGAGGUCUAUCACCAUUAAUUUUCCUGAGAACACGGUGAAUAACGUGACUCAGAAUCGUUUUGAUAAGUUCUUCAGUGGUUCUGAGCUGAUAGUGGCUGGAAAACUCCAACCAUCAGACCUCACAACACUGCAAAGCUUCACCACCGCUGCUGCUGCCAACAUGGACCUGAACAUUCAGACAGAGGCAGAUAUUCGGGAGUUGGACUCUGUGCUCGGCACACAUCAACAUUCCUUCACUGGCUUUGCUCGGCAGAUGUGGGCCUACAUUACUGUCAAUCAGCUACUGGCCGAACGCUCUGUAGCUCCUACUGCAUCUAAGAAGCGUAGGAUCACCCAGAGGAUCUUGGCCCUGGCUUUAGAGCAGCAGUUUGUGACACCUCUCACUGCCAUGCUGGUGGAGGGUCACGACCAGGGGAGGCCAGAACGACUGAUCGCAGACUCGCCCAGAGACUCCAAACAUGGCUGCUGCUCAGCCACUGCUCCCUUAUCUGGACCACCACCAGUGCAACAGUUGGUCUAUUCAAAUCCUCCAUGGCUUCUGCCUACAGUUGCUCUGAAUCCCAACGAAGUAGCCGGAGUGCAUGAAAGUAUCAUCCCUGAACACAUCACUGGUGUGGACAGUGAUCCCCACUUCAUCAUUCACUUACCCAAAAGCAACAUAGACAUCUGCUUCAACAUCGACUCCAAACCAGGACACAUCCUCAACCUGAUUUCAGAUCCUGGAACAGGAGUUACAAUCAACAGUCAGUUGGUUGGGUCUAAGAAGAUGAAGAACAACAAAAUCCAAACAUAUUUCGGCACCAUCUCCAUAUACUCUAAAACAGACAGUGUGCAGGUUAUAGUAGGAACUGACAGAAUCGACCUGAUGGAAGGCAGGAACAAUCACUCCUUCUCUUGGGGAGCCACAGUUGAGCUUGCACUUAACAGGAUGAGGGUCACCAUAGUGAAAGAGCAACAUGUUACUGUGACGAUUGAUGGGAAGAUUUCAGUGAUGGUGCUUUUGCAUCGGGUGUGGAAGAAACAUCCUGUGCAGGUGGACUUCCUGGGCAUUUACAUGUCUAGCGACAACAAAUACUCCACACAGGUUCAUGGUCUCAUUGGUCAGUUUGCACAGGAACCAAAAGUGAAGGUGUACGGCGUGCAUGAGGGAGCAGAUCCAAAGAAGAAAGAGGCCACAAUGGAAGUGAAAGGCAACAAACUAGCUGUCACCAGGGGCUGGCAGAAGGAUUACAGACGUGACAAGAAACGAGGUUCAGAUGUCUACUGCUGGUUCAUCCAUAACAGUGGGAAAGGCUUCAUUGAUGGCAGUUACACCAGCUAUAUCCUGCCUCAGCUGGACAGCUUCCUGACCGCUAUCUGAGAGCAUGAGUGUGGCAGCAAGCUUAGGACACUUGCUAAGAGAUUGGUAGAAAUCUGUUAUUUUAUACAAGCAAUAAGAAGCAAAGAAAACCAAAACAUGCCAUUUUGCCAUUUAAAAAAAGUUUUUUUAUUCUACAAGAAAAUAUAUACAAAACAUAGGAAAACAGUGAUGCACAUCAACCAACUGAACUGAAAUUACUUAAUAAUUAAAGCCAAUCAAAAACGAAUUAAUGUAUUGUAAGACUUCUGACUUGAGCAUCUGCAGUGAGACAUUUAAUCGAAAAUUUGAUUAAUUAAAUAUUUUAAUCAUAUGCAACCGUUUUCAAUGACAACAGAGAUAACAAUGGGGAAAAAAAACACAAUAAAAACCAUUGGUCAUUUUGUUCCAAUAUGUAAA